UCCCAGCCCUGGCUGCACGCAGCCGGCCGGGAGGGGGCGGUGUCCAGCUGCUGGGGAGAGCACGGGGUGGACUGGACAGCUCCACGGACUCAUCUCUCUGAAGGAAGGAGGGGCCAGGCGGGCAGGCGGGCAGGGGUCUUAAGGACAAGAGGACCCUCCAUUGCCCAUUGUCCUGGGCAGAGGCUGAAUGGGGACGCCAUCAGCAUUCAGGUCCUUCAAAGUGACAGCUGGGGGAGGCAGGGCUGGGAAAUGCACUACCCGCUUCUCUCUCACCCUCCCUUUCUCCCUUGGCCUCCCUCUCUCAUGCACAGAUGCUCUGCUCCUGUGUGAGCCUUCUCUCCUGUGUGCACCACGGGCCUGCAUGUGCUGUGCGUGCGCGCGCAUGUGGCCGGGGCCCAUCUGCUGCUAUCAGGCCCCUGCCCGCCUCCCUCAGCAAGGCUCCCCUUGCUGUUCUCGGCUUGGGAGAGCUGCUGACAGUUUCUGUAACUGAGUGCACAUCCCCAUCUGACUGUCAUUCUCAUCCCUGGAGCAUGAGAAAAGGGCCGGCGUAGCCGGCCUCGAUGCUCAGUUACCCAGAAGUUCUGUUCCAGCACCAGCUGGCCCUUUGCACUUUCUCCUGUCCCCUGCUGGCCACCCACAGAAAGUGGGCUUCUGUCUCAGAGAUCAGGACCCAAGAGGGAAGAGCUGGGCCUGGAAAACAGCUUCCCUUCCACACCUGCAGCCUCGUCGCACACCCUCUCUCCUGCCACUGCUCUGGCCUCCCUAACACUCUCUCUGCUCCCAGUACCCCAGGCCCAUUCCCUUCAAGGGCCUUUGCAGGGCUGGAUCGCGCCUUGGCACUGGUUCCCUGGCUGGCUCCUUACAAACUGGAGUGCUUAUUUGUGUGCGUCUUACCUGUCUGAUAUGUCAGUUUGUGCUUUUAUGAGCGUAAGAACUUGGCUUGCUUUGUCCACUGCCAUAUCCCAAGCUCUUAGGAGAAUGUUUAGCAUAUAGUAAGUGCUCAGUAAAUAUUUGUUAGUGAAGGCACCACUUCUGACUACUGCUCCAAGGGGUUAGAUGGACAAUUCUUUAGGAGGUGAGAAGGGUGGGACCACGAGUUUCCUCAACCCUUGCCUGGGAGCUGGCAGCACGGAGGUGAGUUCUGGGCAUGUUGUCCCAAACCUGAGCACAACCUCUCCCUGCCUGAAUGUGCCCACGUCCAAGAGCAUCCUCUUGGGGUUUGCACUGGCAUGACCUUCCCACCCAGGAUGUGUUUGUGUGUCACAGAUGCAUCCAUGCGCCUCGUGGGCACAAACAGGUGUGCACACACAGUCUGCCUAGGCCCAUCUUGCUCUCUGCUCACACCCAUGCAUAUGUCUCCAGCUGGUCGCUCUCCACCCCCGACUGAGGUCCUGGGCCCGGACGCCCUCUCAGGCUGUGCUGUGCUCCUUCCUGCUGCAGCCCAGAGAGCCGAUGUUGGUGGGGAGGCAGCUGGCACCUCCAUCAACCACUCCCAGGCGGUGCUCCAGCGCUUGCAGGAGCUGCUGCGACAGGGCAACGCCAGUGACGUGGUUCUGCGGGUGCAGGCUGUGGGCACCGACGAGGUCCGGGUCUUCCACGCCCACCGCCUGCUGCUGGGACUGCACAGCGAGCUGUUCCGGGAGCUGCUGAGUAACCAGAGCGAGGCGGUGCUGCAGGAGCCACGGGACUGCGCCGCGGUCUUCGACAAGUUCAUCAGGUACCUGUACUGCGGGGAGCUGACUGUGCUGCUGACCCAGGCCAUCCCCCUGCACAGGUUGGCCACCAAGUACGGCGUGGCCUCCCUGCAGCGCGGCGUGGCCGACUACAUGCGCGCGCACCUGGCUGGAGGCGCGGGCCCGGCGGUGGGCUGGUACCACUACGCGGUGGGCACCGGGGACGAGGCCCUGCGUGAGAGCUGCCUGCAGUUCCUUGCCUGGAACCUGUCGGCCGUGGUGGCCAGCGCCGAAUGGGGCGCCGUGAGCCCCGAGCUGCUGUGGCAGCUCCUGCAACGCUCGGACCUGGUGCUGCAGGACGAACUGGAGCUGUUCCAAGCGCUGGAGGCCUGGCUGGGUCGCGCGCGGCCGCCCCCUGCCGUAGCCGAGCGGGCGCUGCGCGCCAUCCGCUACCCCAUGAUCCCACCGGCACAACUGUUCCAACUGCAGGCGCGCUCGGCUGCCCUGGCGCGCCACGGCCCCGCGGUGGCCGACCUCCUGCUGCAGGCCUACCAGUUCCACGCCGCGUCGCCGCUGCACUACGCCAAGUUCUUCGACGUCAACGGCAGCGCCUUCCUGCCCCGCAACUACCUCGCGCCAGCCUGGGGCGCCCCGUGGGUCAUCAACAACCCGGCCCGCGACGACCGCAGCACCAGCUUCCAGACGCAGCUGGGCCCGAGUGGCCACGACGCGGGCCGCCGGGUCACCUGGAACGUGCUCUUCUCGCCGCGCUGGCUGCCCGUCAGUCUGCGGCCCGUUUACGCGGACGCCGCAGGCACAGCGCUGCCCGCCGCGCGCCCCGAGGACGGCCGACCGCGGCUGGUGGUGACGCCGGCCAGCAGCGGCGGCGACGCGGCGGGCGUGAGCUUCCAGAAGACCGUGCUGGUGGGGGCGCGCCAGCAGGGCCGCCUGUUGGUCCGCCACGCCUACAGCUUCCACCAGAGCAGCGAGGAGGCCGGCGACUUCCUGGCGCACGCCGACCUGCAGCGGCGCAACUCAGAGUACCUGGUGGAGAACGCCCUGCACCUGCACCUCAUCGUCAAGCCCGUAUACCACACCCUUAUCCGGACCCCCAAGUAGCCUCGGGGUCGGGGAGUAAAGGCCUGGCCUAGGUGCUCCUUGUGGGUCUGGGAAGGGCAAGGCGAGUGUGGAGGUGGCAACAAGCCUGGUACCCUGGAUGGCCAGGUGCCGGCCACCCUAGGGCUGGGGUGGAGUCCAGGUGAGGCGUGGUAGACAAGAUGCCUGGUUUCAAGAGCUGAUUUCACAGCUGACUUGAAGGAACAUUCUUGGUCCUGAAUAAACCGAUGCUCAGAGUGGUAAGGG